GAGCCGAGACAGCGGAUCAGACCGAGCUCAGGCGCUGCGCUUUUACUGCAGAAUUUCUCUGCCUCUGUACAACAAAAGAUUCAUAUUAUAAUUAUCAUCACUGCCUGCUGGACUACCCGCUUCUUCAGUCCUUCACCCAGGAGAGGAGUUCACUAAGGAAUAUUAUCUUGCUCUGAAAUUUGAUUUCCUCUGCUGGCUUUUGUGCUCUAGCAGCAGAAGGACAGCAGCAGCCACGCAGGAGAAAAGGAGCGACCCCCCGAGCGGACAGGAGGAGCAGAGAGAGAUAGCUGGAGAGGGACGAAUGCGCGCGGAGGAUGAGUCCGGCUUUAGAGGCGCUGAUGGAGGGGUGUAGGUACCCGGGGAAAGGGGCGAUGAAGGGAGGAGUGAUGCUGGAACCGUUUGUCCAUCAGGUCGGAGGCCAUUCGUGUGUGCUGCGUUUCGGGGAACAGACAAUCUGCAAGCCAUUAAUCCCCCGAGAACACCAGUUCUAUAAGAGCCUACCUCCGGAGAUCCGCAGAUUCACACCUCAGUACAAAGGUGUGGUUUCAGUGAGCUUUGAGGAGGAUGAGGAGGGGAACCUGUGUUUGAUAGCAUACCCUCUGCACAGCGAUCCAUCUGACCUAGAGAACAAAGAGCCCUUAACUGAUGGAGAACCCAAAAACAAAUUCCUUAAGUGGGGUAAGAAGAAGCCAUCUGGUCUAAUGGAGAACGACAGAGCCAGACAAAGCCGCAAAGAGGAGAAGAGCAAAAGUAAUCGUGAGGAUAAAGCUGAGGUUUUAUACUACAGUCUGGAGAAAGGUAAUGUGGUACCACAGAUUAAACACAACCCAUGGAGUCUACAGUGCCACCAGCAGCAUCUCCAGCGAAUGAAGGAGAACUCCAAACACAGAAACCAGCACAAAUUUAUUCUGUUGGAGAAUCUCACAUGGCGAUAUCGGGUUCCCUGUGUUUUGGACCUGAAGAUGGGGACCAGGCAGCAUGGGGAUGAUGCCACUGAGGAGAAGAAGGCCAAUCAAAUCCGCAAAUGUCAGCAGAGCACAUCCUCCAGUAUAGGAGUUCGACUCUGUGGGAUGCAGGUUUAUCACAGUGUUACUGGACAGCUGAUGUUCAUGAACAAAUACCACGGACGAAAGUUAAGUCUGCCUGGCUUUAAAGAAGCUCUGUGCCAGUUCUUCAGUGACGGACAAGUUCUCCGCAGAGAACUGCUCACUCCGGUUCUCCAGAGGCUCAAAGAAAUGCGAGCGGUUCUGGAAUCCUGCGAGAGCUAUCGCUUUUUCUCAUCUUCUCUUCUCAUCAUCUAUGACGGAGCACCAGCCCCAGCACCUACUCGGCCCCGCCCCUCACGCGGAGGAGAGGAGGAAGAUGAGGAUGAUGAUGAGGAUGAAGAUGAUGAAGAGGAAGGAGCAUAUGGUGGACACUCACAGGGGCGAGACAAUUCGCCAUCAGGCUCACCUCUGGUGGACGUGAGAAUGAUCGAUUUUGCUCACACUACCUGUCGCGAUUACGGAGAAGAUGCUGUGGUUCACGAGGGUGGAGACAGCGGCUACAUCUUUGGCCUUCAGAACCUCAUCAGCAUUCUUUCACAGCUUGAGGAGCACAGUAACGAUUAAGCAUGCACAACUGUGUGUUACUAUGUCAAAUCGCCAUGCUAGGCUUGCUAUGGAUGCCCUGAUGAUGGUAGCAGGGUUGAAGGCCAUGUUUGGGUGACCCCGCGACACAAGGAAGAGGGGCCACAGGGGCCAGCUUCAGAGGUCAAUCCUCAAACCCCUCAGUGGCCCUCAGGAGCUGAUGGUACUGGACUUCUCACACUUUUGUUUGUUUUGAGAUGUAUCUCACUGAAAGUGUGUGGUCUCUCUCUCCACCAGUCAAUUCCCGCUGUCAUGAUGGAGGGAUGCAAAGGGCCUCAUGUUUGGGCUGUUUUCACUUGCUGUGUUUUCAUUUGUUCUCCCUCUCUCCCUAAAAGAGACGGGAGUGGAGAAGCUUUGUGAAUUCUGUAAGAGAAAAACUUUACUUUAAGAGACACUUUAAAAGACACUUUAAGAAGAGAACUGAGAAUGAUAAUGGUUCUCAAAUAGUUCUCACAAGCAUACAUCCUUUGAUGCCAUGUGCGUUUGUUGCAACUGUCAAAGAGAUUUUUUAAAACUUGGUAGCACAAAAACGAAUAGAAAAGCCAUUACAGUGCUUAAUAAACAAUAUGUAGACAUUAAGGUGCUUCACUACUCUUAACAAGACCAAGAGAGAUACAUAUAUAUAAGGGACUCUUACUGAGGUCAUGAAGGGAAUGAGAGAUGCUUGAAGUUUCUUAUGAAGAUUCUUAUGAAGAUUGCAUGGAUAACUCUUGUACAUGCACUUGGACAUGUAUCUUCGAAAGGACUGAUGUCAUUGCUUGGACACUUGACUUUCGGUUGUGUUUCCUCCUCAUCAUUCCGUAGUUAUGUUCAUUACACAUGACAAUUAGAUGCUACAAAGAGAACUUUAUUUAUUGAUUAGACUAUUUUCUACUACACAAUAAAGGGUGAACCUGAGUGGACUAUAAGACAUUCCAUCCCACUGUACUGUUAAGAUGUUAUUUAUAAGAACCAAUCUUUGUCACGGUUUUCACUGUUUUCUCUCUGUGUUAAACACUCACAAAGAAAAUAAAGAGAAUCCUGAUUUAGUUGUGGUAAAUCCUGAA